AUGAAGUUGCUCAGUCUCAACCUGGGACUUUUGGCCUCCAUUGGCGCACAAAUUUGCACUGCUGCUGAGGCUGAUAAUUCUUCCUACUACAACCCCGUUCUUCCUGGUUGGCACUCUGACCCGUCUUGUACGCGAGUGGAUGACACCUUUUACUGUGUCACUUCCACCUUCAUCUCUUUCCCCGGCCUUCCGAUUUACGCGUCGAAAGAUCUCAUCAACUGGCGGCUCAUCAGCCAUGCCUGGAAUCGUGGGGCUCAGCUGCCCGGCGUGAGCUGGGACACCGAUGAGCAGCAGCAGGGCAUGUACGCGGCCACCAUCCGGCAUCGUGACGGAGAAUUCUUUGUCAUCUGCGAAUACCUCGGCGUUCCUGGUGGCAUCAUUGGCGUUGUCUUCCGCACGACAGACCCGUUCAGCGAUGAGUCGUGGAGCGAUCCUGUUCGAUUUGCUACGGAUCGUAUCGACCCCGACCUCUUCUGGGAUGACGACGGCAAGGUUUACGUCGCGACGCAGGGCAUUCUGCUCCAAGAGUUCGAUCUUGAGACGGGACAGCUCAGCCAACCUCCGGUCUCUAUCUGGAACGGAACCGGCGGUGUCUGGCCUGAAGGUGCGCACAUUUACAAACGAGAUGGAUGGUACUAUGUGAUGAUCGCUGAGGGCGGUACAGCGACUGACCACGCCAUCACCAUUGCUCGUGCCAAGGACAUCUGGGGUCCGUAUGACCCUUACGAGAAUAACCCUAUCCUGACGAACCGUGGCACCGAUCAAUACUUCCAGACUGUCGGCCAUGGUGACCUCUUCACGGACACGUAUGGCAACUGGUGGGGUCUCUGUCUCGCGACCCGUUCCGGUCCGGAGUACAAGCACUACCCCAUGGGCCGUGAAGCAGUGCUCUUCCCGGCUACUUGGCAGGAGGGCGAAUGGCCCAUCCUCCAGCCUGUCCGUGGGGAGAUGUCCGGAUGGCCUCUUCCGAUCGAGACGCGCGACGUGCCAGGAGAUGGGCCUUUCAAUGAUGAUGCUGACGCUUACGAAUUUAACGCUGACUCUGCUAUCCCCAAGCAUUUUGUAUACUGGCGGGUGCCACGCGAGGGAAGCUUUAGCACCACCGAUGCUGGUUUGGAGAUUGUUCCUAGUCGCAACAAUUUGACGGGCAUUCCCUUCAGCAAAACCCAUAUCGAGCUGUCGGGCCAGCGUGGACUGUCCUUUAUUGGAAGACGUCAGACACACACACUAUUCCACUUUAGCGUUGACGUCUUGUUCUCUCCCGAGGAAGUCGGGCAAGAAGCUGGUGUCACAGUCUUCCUCACGCAGCUCAAUCACAUUGACAUUGGUCUUGUGCUCCUCGACUCUGGGCUCUCUCUCCGGUUCCGCGCCACCGGCACCAAUGAGGAUGAGACCCCCGAGCCAAAAAUUGUGCCCGUACCAGAAGACUGGACAGACGCGCCAGUUAGACUGCACAUCCAUGCGGAGAAUUCCGAGACAUAUCGCCUUGCUGUCUCCCAGGGUUGCAAAAAACCCAUCACCAUUGCGACUGCGUCCUCGGCCUUGGUUAGUGGUGGCAGUGGCUCGUUUGUGGGAAGUCUUCUCGGUGCCUAUGCUACCUGCAAUGGAGCUGGCAGCGGUGUCCAGUGUCCUGAUGGUGGUGUACCAACCUUCCAGCGGUGGAGAUAUAGGCCAAUUGCCCAGUUCAUUGCGGAGGACGAGGCUGUUCCAGCGGAGGACGAUUAA